UCUUACCAAUACCGACUAUAAGUGGAACCGCAUAUAUGUACUUGGUUGUUUCUAUGCUUUUGACAGCUCGAUUGCUAGACCGGUGUUGGUAGUUUUGUAAUGAAUUCUUUGCUUUUAAGGUAGAAUUUAGAGCAGGAUAAAUUGUUUUUUUCGUAGCUUUCUUGUGAAUUUGUAUUAAAAAAUGGAGGACGUUCUUGAAGAAGUUGUUUCCUCUGACGAUUUAAAGAAAUUUGAACGUAUAUAUAAUGAGCAAUUACGUUCAUCCGUUAUAACACAAAAGGCACAAUUUGAAUAUGCGUGGUGUCUUGUUAGAAGCAAAUAUCCUGCAGAUAUCAGAAAAGGAAUAAUGUUAUUGGAAGAUUUAUAUUGCAAUCAUAAUGAUAGUGAGAAACGAGAUUGUCUUUAUUAUUUAGCUAUUGGAAAUGCUAGAAUAAAGGAAUACACGAAAGCUUUAAAUUAUGUCAGGUCAUUUCUUCAAGUCGAACCUGGAAAUCAGCAAGUACAGCAUCUGGAAACAUUAAUCAAGAAAAAGAUGGAGAAAGAGGGUCUUUAUGGUAUGGCCAUUGCAGGAGGAGUUAUUAUUGGUAUUGCAAGUAUUCUCGGCCUCAGCUUUGCUAUGGUCAAAAGGAACUAAUUAAUUUAUGUGGAAAAACUUAUGAUUUUUGUGUGAUGUGAAACAGUUACUUUGUACAACGUGUUAUAUACAAUUUGUUAACUUAAAUAACCAAAGAUUUUGUUUAAAAAAGAACAAAAAACGAAACAGAUAGUUAUUUUAUGCAAAUUAAGUAAACUGCGAUGCGAUUCGUAAUGUCGAAUGUCAAAUUUAUUCUUACAAACAUAAACAAUGCUUCAUGCAAACAACUUGUAGCAAUAAAUAUUGCUUUUGUCAAUAUGUGUAUUAUUUUUUAAACUUUCGUAAUAUUAAUUGUUUUCGCUCAUGUAGUAGUAUAAAAUCAUAUGUACUCUCUUUUUAAAUUGCAAAAAAUAAUUUUUUAACAAUAAUAUAUUACAUUAAUUUUUAACAGAAAGACAUUCCGGAUUCGUAUUUUGCUGUUUAAUUAUAUAUAUAUAUAGUGCCUUGCUAUUUAAUUUAAAUCUACGUAUGUUUGUUUCAAGACCUCAGUACAUAUAAACAAUAGCUUUUGUAUAUAAAAAUAAAAGUGUCGUAUUAUCCUA